UUAGCCCAUUAGGCCAACAACUCUCUUCCUUUAAAUCAUUCAUCACAAUUAUCAGAGGAAAAGCUCAGGAGCAACAGCAUGGAUCAAAGUCAAAAGCAGACUCUGUUAAAGGUCGCUAAGCUUAAGCUUCCUUCGUUUCAGGUGGUGGUGGUGAAUGCAAAUUUGGGAUGCACACAUUGCAGACACAGAAUAUCUCAAGUCAUCUCAAAGAUAACAGGGUUGAGGGAGUAUACAAUAGAUGUUGGGAGAAAGCAAGUGAUUGUUAGAGGAGAUGUUAGAAAUCAUCACCAGGAAAAACAUGGUGGAGUAAAGAGCCAUAUGAUCAACGAGAACCAUAGCAGGAUUUUCGCGUUCUUUUUUAGUUUACUGAGCUUCCGUUGGAUCACUACAAAAAAGAUAGUUGAUUAAUCGAAUACAUAUUCUUUUAAGUGUUUAUUUGUUGGGAAUCUUGUGUUUCCAUUUGUAUACUAUGAUUUUCUCCUUUUGUUUUCAUGUAUAAAAAACCAGUUUCUUUA